CAAUUCUGUCAAUUUUUGUCGUUAUUCUCGCCUAAUUCUAUUUCAGACAAAAAUUGGUUAAAGUUUAAACACUCAUGUAAUAAUCUUUUUAUUAUUUCACGUUGAUGUUAGUAUAUCGGUUUUACGAUAUUUUUGUUAAGUUCUAAUGUUGAUCAUUUGACAGCUCAGUGCUGCUGAAAGUCAUUCAAUGGAUUUUGAUCUUAGUAAAGAAAAUAUUCAGCCCCUGAGAGGAGGCAGAAACGUUCAUCAGUUGGGAAUGGCACUCCAGGCCCAGACCAAUAGAGAAUUUCAGUUAGAGUUGUUGCAACAAAAAGAGCAAUUUGAGCAUUUAAUAAGGACAUACACUGGAGAAGAUCCAUUGGAAAAUUACUAUAACUAUAUCUCUUGGAUUGAACAAAGCUAUCCAAAACACGGCCAUGAAGGUAAUCUCGUUCCUCUGCUUGAACACUGUUUGUGCCGAUUCGAAAAUGACAAGCGAUACACAAAUGAUAGGCGUUUUUGUAAACUGUUGAUCAAAUAUUUUGACCUGCAUCCGAAUCCAUUGGAACUAUAUCACAUGUUAAAGGCUAAAGGGUUGUGCAUAGGUUGCGCAGAUUUGUAUCGGGCCUGGGCGUAUUAUCAUGAAGCUGCCGGAGAUUUUCAUUCUGCCAAUAAUGUCUUCGAAGAGGGAAAACGGAAUUUGGCUCAGCCAUACGAAGAUCUUGAUACCGCACAUAAAAACUUGAUUAUGGCUGCAGGACAACACUGUAUAUUCGGUAGAGAUGAAAAUCAACUAGUCGAAAAACGUCAGGCACUAACCUCAUUGCAUACUUACAGACCCGGCAGGGUAUCUAGUAUUAGGGUUCCUAGUAGCAAUGGUGUAGUAACAGUUCCGUCACACCCUUCGGUAUCGAGACCGAACGCUACAGUGCAUAUUUAUACAGAUAAAAAUGUCGAUAUGUCUGGACCGUCAACUGAGGCUGCCCCUAUAAGUAUAGUCACGGCCGCAAAACGUCAGGAUGUAAGGAAAGAAAAUACUCUGAAGCCGGGACCUUGGACCACUGUUCCGGUGAAAAAAAGGGUUGUUGGACCUAUUACUCCAGCAUUUGUGGUCCACCAAGAUGUUCCGGAGGAACCAGAAGGUCUUCGCCUCCCCAAAAAUCAUCCAAAGCAAUGUCUGGAAGAUUAUUCAGACUUCAUAGUCAGUAUUACUUAUCCAGAGCCACCAAAUCCAGCUCAUAUUCCCAUGUACCCAAAAGCCCAAGUUUAUAGAGACCCGAAUACAGAAUACAGCAUCGAAGAAAUAAGGGCUCCCAAGUACAGUCAAAAAGCCCUAAGUAGGCAGCUACCCCAGGAAGAACAACAGAUAUUGGAAGAUGUCGAAUUCAUGCAAGAAUCUCUUCAUGAGAUAAAAAAUGACAUAUUUCAAAGAUCAAUGGCUUUGCAACAAAAUGAAAUUUUCCAACGUUCCUUGCAAGAGCAUCAAAAUUCCUUCCAGCAGUGCCCCCAACAAGAUGACCAGGAUCCGAAAGGCUAUCAACCUCGGUCUCCUUUUCAGAAACAAGAGCAGCUCUUAAUGAGCGUUAACCAACCGUCAUCGCCUUAUGUAGUACAACAGGAAGUUACGCCAUUAACUAUUUGGACAGAGAGUCCUGUUACGAGUAAUUUCGAAAUUUUCAGUUCUCCUCAAUCAUUUUCCAAACCAGUUCCCACAAACUUCGUUGUAUAUGAACAGUCUCUGCAAGAAAUUCAACCGCAUAUGCAGGCGAAAGGAAGUGCUAUGAAAACUGCGUUCAAGGUGUUGAACGCUGACGAAUUAGCGGAAACAGGUUCCCGAGGGGGCAUGGACAUCGCAGAUACCGCGCAAGCUAACGACAGCGCUAAACCGAUGCCGCAGUUCAGCGAUAACAGUGCUUCUUCAUUCGAAGACCUCGUAUGUCAAGAUCGGACAGAUUUUGAAAUUCCGUGUGAUACUUAUGCAUUCAAUUUCAAUUUGAAUGCCAUGCAAGUUAGCACGCCACAGAACAAGAGACCGGUGCUGAAUACCAUUUCCAAUGAAGAGGAAUUCGGAAAUACAAGAAAGCAACUGUUCACCGAGCCAAAGAUAAUGGAGAAACACAAUGCUCUCAGUACCAUUCUUGAGGAAACGAAAAGUUUUCGAAAUUCUUUCGCCUGUAACAUGGGCUGUAAUUUAUAUUUACAAAAAAUUGGAGAUCCCUACGAAAACUGCAAUAAUGUAAAGUUCCACGGGGUCUCUCAAAAGGCGUGCAUCGCCUGGCUCCGACCGAAUUCAGAUAGAGAAAAGUAUAUUGUAGAAAAGCAGUUAGGUAAAGGUACCUUUGGAACAGUUUUUAAAGCUCUUGACUUGGAUAGUAACGCUACAGUUGCAUUGAAAUAUCAGAAACCUGCUAAUAAAUGGGAAUUCUACAUUUGUAGAGAGCUACAAGCUAGAUUAGCAGAGCAUCCACUUAGAGAUAGAUUUAUGGAUAUUCCCUUGGCGUACUUUGGUGAUCAGGCAUCUAUUUUGAUUUCUGCAUAUAUGCCUGGUGGAUCCUUGCUGGAUUUGGCAAACUCACACAAGCUGAAAUUUGGAACACCGAUGAAAGAAUCUCUCGUAAUAUACUUCUGUAUUCAAAUGCUCCAGAUAAUACAGGCCAUGCACGAGGUUAAAAUAAUCCAUGCCGAUAUCAAACCGGACAACUUUCUAGUGUUUGUCUUACCCGACAAUACAGUCGGCUUGCAAUUAAUCGAUUUUGGGUGUAGCAUUGAUAUGACAUUAUUUCCUGAAAAGGCCUCGUUUACUAGAAGAGUGACAACGGAGGACUUUGUUUGCUGCGAAAUGAUGGAUGGUAGACCGUGGAACUACCACACCGAUUUGUUUUGUGUUGCAGCCACGGCACACGUUCUGUUUUUUGACGCUUACAUUAAAUUGAAGAAACAAGAUGGAUUGUGGUCAAUUGUCCAACGUUUCCCUAGGUAUUCCAAAGUAGACUUGUGGAAUAUGUUUUUCAGUAGUUUGCUGAAUCAACAAACAGGACCAGCUGAUACGGCAACGUUACUGUUUAUGCUAGGAGAGAAUCUUGAAACUAAGGAUUCCAGCACAGCAUUAUCAACGCAGAUGAGGAAUGUUGUUAAUUUACUUAAAAACCGAUAGUCAUUUCACUCAAAUUAGGCCACUUUUCGGAAUUACUUCUAUUUAUGUAUUUUAUUUCUAGUUUAGAUGUAAUCUUUGAAAUAUUAUUUUUACAACAGAUGGCUGUUUUUUCUUUUUUGUUAACAUUAGGUUUGUUAAAAGUAUAGCUUUUCUGAGAGAUUAUAUGCAUAUAGAUAAGUCAAUAUAUGUUGGACGUCAAGCUUUAA